ACAGUCAAGGCGGAGUCUACAGUCACGAACCACGUGAUUAAAUGAUGUAUAAAUUUGAUCGAUUUGAAUGAUUUUCACCAGUCCUGAACAAGUCUCAGAGAGGAUACGGGUUAACUUCAUUUUUUUUAUUGUGAGAGUUUUGAUGUGGACAGAGAUGGAGGAUAAACAUCAAAACCUUAUUAAGGCAAACUACACUAUAUUGGUGAAGAAGAUGAUGGCAAUUCGAGUCGCGGAACAUUUGUAUGCUUCAAACAUAAUUACCGACGAAAUGAGGCAACGCAUAGAAGCCGAGAAAACCAGUUACGACCAAAGCAGAAAACUGAUUAGUAUCAUUUUACGUCGAGGAUCGAGGGCUUUUGUGGGAUUCCGAAUGGCCUUAAUGAAAGCCAAUCAAGCUGAUUUAUCGAGACUCUUGAUGAAUAAUGACGAUGAUACGAAGUCUGAAUACGAAAAGAAAUUAGCUAUGGCAAGAUCUUUAGUCAUUCCUACCAAAGAAAGAGGAGAUUCCGGAAACCAAUCAAAGAAAGCUACACACCCUCAGUCUCAGGAGCCAAGAUGUAGGAUAAGUCUGGAUGACUUUAAUGACCUGUUCCUCACCGUCAUGCCUUACAAGGGAACGGUUUACGUUCACAUUCGCCAUCUCGCAGAAUCCCAUGGUCGUCUCAUUGCCACAAAGAAAGGAGUCACCUUUCCUUUGGCUCGUUGGUUAAAAUUUGAAUCCCUUCUUCCAGAUAUCCAAGACUACAUAGACAACAUUGGAAAGGAGAAUGGAGAAGUGCAGUGGCAUAUUGGCGGAGGCGUGUUCGUCUCAUUGUCACCCGGCUACCCUACAGUGGAUAUAAGACACUUUUGGAAGCCCGACGAUGCCCCAGAACCCAUACCGACAAAGAAGGGUGUCACUUUGAACGGAAACAAACUAGCCAGACUUAGAGAUGCCCUUGAAGAAAUGCAUGAAUCUGUUCCAGAGCUCAAAGACACCGAACUCUGUAUGUUCAGCGAAUCUCAUCAAAAUCAACUUGGAAUGUUAGACUGUCCCGAAUGUACCCCGUUCGGUUACGAUGCCCAAGACAAUAUGUCCAAGGAAUGCAAUGUGGGAGAUUUACAGGACGUGAAAUCGAUUGAGAGUGAUCUUGAUUGACCUAAUGACCAUGAACACUGAAUUCAAAAUUAAUGAUGAGAAUAAUUAUAUAUACACAUGUUUGUUUUUCAUUCGAAAUCUAAUAAAAAUGAAUAGUAAUUAGUUGCCUGUCUUAAUUGGUUUGUUACUUGAAUAUAAAAGGUGAUAAUCAAAGAUGGAUCAUCAUUGGAACGCAGUAUGUCAAACUACACGGAUUACUUGAAGGAUCUCUACUACACUCCCGGUAAACCGGGAGCAUUUGCUGGUCCCGAAAAAUUGUAUCAAGCCGUUAAACAGGAAGGCAAAUACAAGAUUGGCAGAAGGAGAAUAAGACAAUUUUUAAACAACGAAGACUCAUAUAGUCUUUAUAAGCCUAUUCGUAAGACGUUUCCGCGCUCUAAAGUAAUAGUGAACACAAUCGACUCUAUGUGGGAUGGUGACUUAGCCGACGUCAGUAAUAUUGCAUCUCACAACGACGGUUACAAAUUCUUAUUGGUUUUAAUUGACAUAUUUAGUCGAUAUUUAUUUAUAGUCCCCUUGACAAAUAAACAUCAUCAAAACAUCAUCGAUGGUUUAAAAUCAGUUUUUCAAACUGGACGAAAACCACACACCCUUAGAACAGACAAAGGUAGCGAAUUCAAAAAUCGUUGGGUAAAGACGUUUCUGAAAAAAGAAGGAAUUAACGUGAUAUACACACAAAAUGAAACCAAAGCAAAUUAUGCGGAGAGAGUGAUUCGUACCAUGAAGAACCUUAUGUAUCGCUAUUUCAUGAAAAACAAAACUUACCGAUUUGUGAAUGUGUUGCAAGACUUGGUGAAAAGUUACAACAACAGACCUCACAGAUCUUUGGGUGGCAAUGCUCCCCUUACUGUCAACCAGGGAAAUGCUGAUGAAAUAAGACUCGAUGCUUAUCUUGCGGGAACAAAACCAAAAUCGGAUCUGAGAAAAAAGAAUGGUAACCAGCAUACAUCCAAGAAAACAAUGAAAAAAAGAGUAAAACCAUUUUUCAAGUUAAAAGUUGGAGAUAAUGUCAGGAUAUCACAGCUUAAACACCCUUUUCAAAGAGACUAUCAACAGAAAUGGACAGAAGAAUUUUUCAAAGUCGUUAAAAGAUACAAAAGGGGUCAAAUACCUGUAUACAAAGUACAAGAUUUGGCAGACGAUCCUAUAGAAGGCACCUUCUACCAAUCUGAGCUUCAAAAAGUUGUCAAGUCUGAAGAUGUUGCCUAUAGAGUUGAAAAAAUUCUUAAAAGGAGGCGUCGUGGAAAAACCAAAGAAGUAUUUGUAAAAUGGGAAGGAUGGCCUAAGAAAUUCAAUUCUUGGAUUCCAGAAAGCUCUCUGGAAAAGCAAUAAAAGUCACUAAUUUCUACAAGAUGUGUUCAUUCAAAAUGAGCGUUCGGAUGGUGUUGACGUCUACGGACAGUUCUGAUUAUUUUGACAAUAAACCAAAUUGUUAUCGAGUUCAAUUGAAUAAACAGAUUCAAUUCGACGGAUAUUGGACUGUUGCCCUGACAGAAUUUUCCUCAGAAAGCUGGAUUACAUCCAAAAAAGAAUCUGAGUUGUUUGUGUGUUGUGAUAUUUGUGAAGAAACUCUUAUUGGUGGAAAAGAAGCACCUCUCCUAAGACGCAUAUACCUGGGGAAGAAACCAGAAAAUAUCACUUACCCACUACCGUAUUACAUUCCAGUAAAAAUCGGCCAAUUGCAGCAGAUUGGCAUAUAUAUAACAGACAGAGAAGGAAACUUAGUGUCAUUCUUAGACGGACCGGUGACCGUAACACUUCAUUUCAAGAAGUUUCCUUACGUUCUGUGAAGAUGAAUAGCCAAACUUACGUCAGUGAUCCCAGAAUGUGGGAAAUCUUUUACAAGAACAUGGCAGAGAAAAAGUUCAACCCUUAUAGAUACAAGCCUAAACAAAUUGGAAGAGGUGUGAAAAGUUAUAAGUCUUAUGUCAUUCCAUUGAGACCUCACUCACAAUUAGAAUCAGUACAACAAACCAGCACUCAAAUGACCCCAGUGACUGCGGUGGAGGAAAGAGCUAAGAUCGAACAUGCCAAGGAUGUCAAAGAGGGUGUUCCAUUCGUCAAGGUGCAGGGGAGUAUAAAAAGGCCACGUUCUCAAUCGUCUGUCAUUCCUUCCAAGAAAUCGAAACGAACAACAUCUCAAAGGAAGAAGUCGUCUAAGCCUGCAAAACAACGAAAAAAGUCAGGAAAAACGACACAGAAGACAAUUAAGAAAAAGCGAGGAGCACCAGGCAAGAAAACACAAUCGAGAAAGAAGAAA